AUGCAUUUUUGGCCAGCUCUUCAACUUGGCUACCAUCCGCUGCCCAAGGCUGCUUGCAGGGACCACAGCGCCCUUCAGAUUCCAUGUGGGUACUUGAAAUGUGAACACUACUUCAAGACUCAGGCAGGGCGCAAAAAGCACUGGAAUGCUUCGCGCCCAACAUUCAUAUCAGCUCCUACCACCAGCAUCUCAUAUACUGCUACAGUCGAAGACGAGCCCGAAGAACCACACAACAACUUCCUUGCAGGACAUGAUGACUUCUCCACACGCUUAUUUGACGCGGGUCAGGCUCUUGAUGAGCCUGAUAAUCUGGACACGCAGUUUGUGGGGCCGGGUGAUAGAUUAUAUCGCAACUAUCACCUGAAACUAAAUGAGAUGGACUACCAGCCCUACCGUGAGUUCUCGACUGACAACGAUGAAUGCCAAUGGCAGGACUUCAUGUCUGGCGACUGGGCCUGGAACCAAGCGGAUAUUAUUUCCAAAGAUCCAGAUACAACUGGCUCAACCUUUGUUCCGGUUAUACUCGGAAGCAACAAGACAACAGUUUCAGUGGCAACUGGCGCCAACGAUUACUAUCCGCUAUAUGUAUCAAUCGGGAAUGUUCGUAAUAAUGUCCGGUGUGCACAUCGUGACGCUGUUGCUAUCAUUGGCUUCCUAGCUAUGCUAAAAAGUAAUCUUCAUCCUACUACUAUUGUUCUGUGCUAA